UUCUGGGGUGCCGAGGCCCCUGUGACCUCAGUGCCUGACCCCAGGCCUUGGGCCUGGCGGCGCCAUGAGCUGGCGCCUCCCCUUCGCGACCUGCAAGCUCCCCACCAACGUGACCCUCACCGUGGCCUCUGUCCUGCUGCUCUCCGUCCACAGCGGCAUCUUCGUCUCCGACCUCUACCACUUCGCCAUCAGCCAGCGCUUCGACCUCAUGAGCUUCCCCAGCACCACCGUGCUGCUGUUCUCCCAGGUGCUGAGCUUCUACUUGGCACUGCUGGGGGCGCUCUACAGCACGGGGACCAAGGACAACGUCCUCAAGACCUUUGCUCUCACCUCGCUGGUGACCAACUUUGCCGCCUUCUUCGGCCGCUUCUGCCUCGAGUACCUGACCCUCGAGUACCGGCAGGAGGUUUACUGAGCCCGGAGCC